CAACUUAACAAAAUUGUUGAGAAAUUUUUAUUGAAAAACUUUGGAAAAGGAAAUUGGAAGAAAGUUGCUAGGAGUCAGAGAAAAGUUACACGUUAAAAGGGAGCUCAACUCGACCAAUGCAUGUUUCCUCGUAUUUUCUCCAACAAAGGUACGGUUCAGAAACCGUUAGCGUUAGGGAGUUUGUUUCUACAGUAUUCCUGCCUUCCUUGUACCGUUCCCAUGUUAAAGCUCAAGAAAGACCAAACAUUGCUUAUCGCAAACCAUGAAAGACUCCGCCUUUUAUCUAUUGCUGCAAUUGCAAAUACUCAAGAAACUUCCCUAAAACUCGAAACCCAGAAGCAAAAACCACUAGAAUCUCAUUCUUCACUCCAUGUAGACCCCAAAUAUUUUAUCUCUGCUUUGUUAAACUGCAAAAACAUCUUUCAAAUAAAACAAGUUCAUGCCCAAGUAGUUGCCAAUGGAUUAUUAAAUAAUCUCUUUGUUACAAACAAAGUCCUUUACAUAUAUGUUCAACACAAGGCUUUAGGUGAAGCUUAUGCUUUUUUUGAUGGAAUGAGAGAAAGGGACUCGGUUUCUUGGAGUGUUAUGAUUGGUGGGUUUGCUAAAGCUGGUGACUUUAUUAAUUGUUUUAGAACUUUUAGGCAACUUAUUAGGUGCAGUGUUCAGCCUGAUAAUUAUACUUUGCCUUUUGUUUUAAGGGUCUGUCGGGAUAGGAUGGACUUGUUGAUGGGUAGUUUAGUUCAUGAUGUUGUUUUGAAAUCUGGAUUGUGUUUGGAUCAGUUUGUUUGUGCUGCUCUUGUUGACAUGUAUGCAAAAUGUAGGGUCAUUAGCGAUGCUCGUAGAUUGUUUGAUAAUAUGCCAAACAAAGACCUUGUAACUUGGACUGUUAUGAUAGGUGGAUAUGCUGAGUGUGGGAAUGCUAAAGAAUCGUUGGUUUUGUUUGAAUGGAUGAGAGAGGAAGGUGUUGUUCCGGAUAAGAUUAAUAUGGUAACUGUGGUUAAUGCUUGCGCUAAAUUGGGUGCUAUGCAUAAGGCUAGAUUUGUUCAUGAUUAUAUUUGUAGACUGAAUUUCAGUUUUGAUGUGAUAUUGGGUACUGCAAUGAUUGAUAUGUAUGCAAAGUGUGGGAGUGUUGAUUGCGCAAGGGAAAUCUUUGAUAGGAUGCUAGAGAAGAAUGUAAUUUCAUGGAGUGCAAUGAUUGCUGCUUACGGGUACCAUGGACAGGGCAGAAAAGCACUUGAUUUAUUUCCUAUGAUGUUGAGUAGUGGGAUAACACCAAACAGGAUAACUUUUGUUUCUCUGUUAUAUGCUUGUAGUCAUGCUGGCUUGAUUGACGAGGGUCUUCAGCUUUUUAACGUGAUGUGGGACGAAUAUGCUGUGAGACCAGAUGUGAAGCACUGUACUUGCGUGGUUGAUCUCUUAGGCCGUGCUGGAAGACUUGAUGAGGCCUUGAACUUAAUCGAGAACAUGACAGUUGAGAAAGAUGAAGGACUAUGGGGUGCUUUGCUUGCGGCAUGUAGAAUCCAUAAAAAGGUAGAGUUGGCAGAAAGGGCUGCAAAAUCUCUUCUUGAACUACAGCCCCAGAAUCCUGGGCACUAUGUGUUACUCUCCAAUAUUUAUGCAAAUGCUGGUAGGUGGGAAGAUAUGGCAAAAAUUAGGAAGCUGAUGACUGAAAGGAGUUUCAAAAAGAUUCCUGGUUGGACCUGGAUUGAGGUGGACAACAAGAUUCAUCAAUUUAAUGUUGGGGACAAGUCUCAUCCUCUGUCGAAGGAGAUCUAUGGAUUUCUGAAGAGUAUGAGUGAGAAAUUGGAGUUAGCUGGUUAUGUUCCUGAUACAAAUUUUGUGUUGCAUGAUGUUGAUGAGGAAGUUAAGGCUGGAAUCUUGUAUACACAUAGUGAAAAAUUGGCUAUUGCAUUUGGUCUUAUUGCCACACCUGAGGGAACUCCUCUCAGGAUUACAAAGAAUCUUAGAGUUUGUGGUGACUGCCACACAUUUAUUAAGUUUGUAUCAGCUAUUACAAAGAGGUUGAUUAUCGUCCGAGAUGCAAAUAGAUUUCACCACUUCAAUAAGGGCACCUGUUCAUGUGGGGACUACUGGUAAUUGGCUUACUUGAUAUUGACAGGUGAUAAAUGCUCGUGAGACAGACCUCAAGGUUGACUCUGUCCUCGCUCCAAAUUUCUCCGCUGCUGAUGCAAACUUCUUCACUCAUACUGCCUUCCGUGUCUUGAUUGGGGCUCUGAUCUACCUACAGCUUUUGAGGUUAUGAAAGUCAGAGAGGCUGAAUUUCCGGGCCUAAAUGGUUAGGGCGUUUCUUAUGCUGUGUUGCAGUUCCCUUCAGGCUCCUAAAAUACUGUUCACAGCCAUUCUCAUGCGCUGAGCUUCUUUUUCUUAUCAUAGGCUCUCUUGAAGUGGGCUUUGUUGAUGCAGAGAAUAUGAUACAUUGUCAGACACUUCAUGCAGGAGAUCUGUUUAUCUUCCCUAAAGGGGGUUGUUCACUAUCAAUAUAACCAAGGGCAGGUCUCUGCUUUUGCGAUUUC